AUGUCAUUUAAAUCCGAGUCUUCUCGAUUUCAAGCAGAGGCUGGACUUAACCGACUUCUUUCCAAUAUAAUACCCUCCAGUUCCAGUUUAAGUAAUUCUACAACAAAAUCAACUAAGACUAAGACUAAAAAAUUAACAUCUACUCAAUUACUUUCAAAUAAGUUAGAUUCAACUAGCAAUGAUAUAAUAGAUAAGAAAAAGAUAAAGAAACAACGUAAUAGUAAAAUAAAGAAGAGAAGUGAUGAUGAUAAGAAAUUUCAGAAAUUUCUUAAAUUUAAUAUCAUUAAGAAUCGUAAAAUUCAUAGUGAAGAAGAAACUAAAUACUUACAAAAAUUAGUUCGUAAGAAUAUAAAUCAAAUAAAAAAUGUUAGUGAUAUAAGUGAUUUUACUGUUCAAGAUGAAUUGGAUGAAAUACGAGGUGAUUUAGUUGAUAAAGUAGGUAAUAAACAAUCUAAACGUCUUAGAAAGAAGAGAAUAUCAACUAAUUCUGCAUUUAAUGAUUUUGAUGAAAAAGUCAAGAAAGGUUUUAUAUCUUAUCCUGGUUUAACUCCAGGUUUAGCUCCUGUUGAUUAUAAUGAAGAGGAUUCAGAUUAG